AUGGAACGGACGCUGCUGGUCUUGUUCGGUCCUCAAGCCCCCUUGGACGCGAUUCGAUCUCUGUUGAUAAAUCACGGCUUUCGUCGCGUCGCGCAUCAAUCGUGCGUCGGCGAGGAGCUAGAGGAAGCUGGCCUUGAGCUCGGGCUAGGCACGGGCGAAGCGAAUGGACAAGGACUGGAUGAUGCCGAUGGUGCUACGCUGCAUGAGGUGCUCGUGCUCGAGUGCGAGAAUGCGGUCAGGAGAAUGAAGGAGUUGGCUGGUGAGGGCUCGGGUGCGUUGAAUAAGAAUGCGUACGUUACGUUACAUCGUUUCUGGGGUUUGCGAGGGAUUUCGUAAGGCUAACGAGUGUUGUACUUCUCUCAACAGCCUCUCGUACACGUACCCCGAUCUCAAGCUGCACUGCUCGCCCACCGUCUCGGCUGCCCAGCUGACGAUCGAAGCGCUGUUCCCGAACCUCGACGCGAUCUACACCCCUUCGCCGGCGGACAAGACGACCCCGAUCCCUGCAUCACCUUCUUUCGGAGCUACGGCCGCGUCCGCCGUGAACGCCACGCCCAAACCAUUUGCGCUCUCCAACGCGGCCUAUCAGAUCCCCGAACGGAUCGUGAAAUCGGACACGAUCAAGCUUUCGCCGAGGAUCGAACGAGCGCUGAGAGAGGUCGAUCAGAGGGAAGCGCUGCAAAAACAGCAGCAACACCAGCGCGCGGCUGCAGGAUCCAGCCUUGGGAGCAUGCAGACGGCCACGAAUGGUUUUGAGGACUCGUCGUCGGAGAAGACGAGCUUCGACGGCUCUUCUGCUUCUUCGCUUGCAAGCGAGUUCCAGCAGGACGAGCUUGAGGCCGAGACUGACGGGCCCGAGCCCGAAGAUCGAUUUGAGGCUACUUCCCAAGACGGGACGAUUGAGGAGGACUGUGCUACGCACGAGGAGGAGGUUGACGAAGCGGAUUUGAUCCUGCAAGAAGAGGGCACCGAAGAGGACUACGAGGAUGAAGUCAUCGAAGCUGAACAACAGCAGUUCGAUGACAACGCCGAUGUCGAUCAUGCUCAAGUGGAAUGCGACUUCGAUGAUGCCGAGUCUGUGAUCGCCCCCGAGUCCAUCUUCGACGGUGAGUACCCCAUGUCGCCCGUCUCGAUUAGGUCCGACUUUGGCGAUGAGAACUCGCCCGUCCGAGUCCGUAGAGAGGACACGACCUACAGCUUAGAAUCGUUGACGUCGCCCAGUCGGGUCUUCCGAGCCCAACCCGUCGCCUCGACAACGCACCACGCUCCCAAGAUCCAACCUCGCAUGACCAAAGCAGCAGCGCUCCGACUUGGGAUCGAGUUGCCGGCCCCGGCACCUCGAGCCUCCCUCGUCGCCGAUUUGUCGACUCCGCAGCCUGCUCGAGUGGUCGAAAUGCCCAAAUCUCUGGGUGCGCCUUCUAUCACUCCUCGUGCAACCAAGUCGUCGGUCCUUCGAGUUGGCAGCACCAGCCUUUCUGGACGUCCGUCCCUCGGUGCUUCCUUCGUGGCCCCUACCUCGAUUCGCCGAGAAGCCGUCGGCACAGCCGAGCGUGCGGCCAUGUCCCGUCGUGAAAGCCUGUCCGCCCAACCGACUGUUGCCAGCCUUAUCAAUAAGCCCAAAUUCGAAGUGCGCUUGAGCAAGACCGCAGCCCUGCGCACAGGGGUCGUUCCUGCGCCGCCUUCGACACCCGGAUCGACUGCGCGACGACGGAGCAAUCUCGUCAGCAGCCCCGAGAGUCCUUCCACAUCCAGGGACCGAGCGAUCGUCAUUCUGGAGGACCUUCAAGAGGAGGCUGGUGCCAUUAAACGACCAGCAUCCUCGCUGGGAGGCGAUCGGCCUCGUCCGUCCGUCUCGGUCAGCUCGACGGCGCCGCCCAAGAUCGUUCCUCGGAUGUCCAAAACGGCGGCACUGCGCACUGGGGUCGAUCUUGCUCCCGUGCCUCGACGCGAUCGAUCCUCAUCCGUCGUCUCGGAUGACUCGAGGCUUGGAGAUGGCGGACUGGGCCACAAGCGACGUCAAUCGGUUGCUGUGGCGUCGACUGCGAGGCCCGCCAUCGAGCCCAAGAUGACGAAAGCGGCUCGCUUGCGAGCUGGGUUGGGCAUUGAACCGUCACCGAGUGCCAUGAGAAGGCAAUCGAUGAGCUCUUCCGACCACGUCGGGCGUGAGUAGUGAUCAGUGACGAGCGAUGAGCUGGAUGCUCAGGAUGACUGAUUCAUGUGCCCACCCUUUUCGCGCAGUUCUAGGCCCACCCCGACGGCAAAGCAUCGUCGUACCGGCCGUGGUCCGGGCCCCCUCGAUCACUCCUCGUCUGAAUCGCUCAGCCAUGCUCCGAGCCAACCCUGACGGCGCCAUGUCGCCCAUCCGACCACGAUCCUCGCUUGGUAUCUCUGGCAUGCCCCGUCCCGGCUCUUCUUUGUCCAACACGAGCUCGCUCGCCCGCAGCGGUCAUAAAUCCAGCACAGCCAUGUCGGGCGUUCGCAUGGCCUGCGCUCAAUCGCCCAUCAUCGCCCCUCGUAUGGACAAGUCCGCCGCAUUGCGCGCUUCGUCUCAAAGCCAACGCUCGCCACCUCGUGGGGAGAACGUCAAUCGCGCGGGGUGGAACUCGACGCCCAAGACUGUCGCGCGCCAUGUGCCUUCGAGGCCUUCGACGGUCAUGAGCUUUGUCAAUGAUGGCAAGAGGGCCUUGUCCGAGAUGAAUGCGUUCUGA